GGAGAGCGAGCUAACCACCGUGUCCCAAAUAUCUCGAAUAGAUUGCCGUUCAACAAAUGUUCUGCAAAGUUUAAUCACUUCACUAUGCCGUUUUUCUGUCAUUAGCUGUCGCUUUGUACUCGUUGAAAGUAGCUCCCUCUGUGGGUGGCGACGACGACGUAGAAGAAGAAGAUGCAGGCGGACGAGAACGUCUACAUACGGUACGCGCGACUGGCCAUCUACGCAGGCAAGACAGCGUUAGGAUACUCUGCGCCUUUCAUCUGGGCACCUCUUGUGACGAAUCACGUCUUUAACGAGGCCUCUCGUACUCUGUUCGUCCUCAUCAUCAUAUAUGUGCAACUGUUGCUGGGCACCGUUCACCCAGGUGCAGCAAGCGUCAUGGUUUUCUUUUACCUGCCUUUCCUUGAGCUCAACAGGACGGGCGACCUUGACUUGCAUUACUUUUCGGAGUUUGUCUUCUCAAGUUUCGGCCAGCUGGCUUACACCGGAGCGUUUGAGCACAGCGGCCUCGCACGGCGCAUAGCUCUGUGCUUGAUGCAGGCGUUCGCCAGUUCCACCAACAUGGCCAUUUUCGGACUCAUGUUCUGCGCCAUGUUUGUUUCCAUGUGGAUCGACAACGCUACGGCGGCGCUUGCGGUUGUUCCCAUCGUGAAUGACACCUUCACUGCAAUCCAGAGGAACACCUGCAGAAGAAUGAACGAUGCUUCCUUGAGGGAACUUGUCACCAGUUCCGGGAGCGGUCAAGAUGACGUAGUCAUAUCAGAAGAGCUUGAGGACGAACUAUUUAAACUGGAAAGAAUGCGACAGACGGCGCUCAUUGGUGUAGGCUUUGCUGCAACGAUCGGCAACUUCGGCUACAUCUCGGGCCAUGCGCUCAAUUACUACGUCAUCGGCAUGAUUGAACAAGACUACAAGUAUGUCGGCGUGAGCGCAAAAACCUGGUUUCUCUUCCACUUCCCUCUGUGUCUGGUUCAAGUCAUUUUCAUCUGGUCGCUGCUUACUUAUCUGAAGCUAGGAAAACAGGUGGAAUCCAAACAGCAGGCCUUUAUCGACGGCGACGUUCGACACAGUGUCAAGGAACAAAUCAGAGGGCUUGGUCCUGUCACAUUUCACGAAAAAGGUGUCCUGUUGUGCUUUUGUGGCUUCAUUGCUGCUGCUAAUUUACCAACCCUGGGAAGCAUUGGGAUACAAAUGACAAUGAGCACCUACUGGGUGGCAGCAACAGUGAUGCUCUUUAUUGUCCCAGCUGAGUCAGUAUCCCAGUGUUCCAAGCGACUGAUGACGUGGCCAUUCCUCAAUGGUUUCAUGCCUUGGCACACACUCUUCCUUAUUGGCACUUGUCUCACUCUCGACAUCAUGUUCAGGGUGUCAGGUCUGAACGCGCUGGCCAAAGCCGAAGUCCAAGAGUACGUGCAUAUUCAUGUUGCGCUGGUUCAAAUCCUAAUCACCAUAUUCACUUCUCUUGUCACCGAACUUUGUCACCAGAGCACAGUCAUUGCAAUAGUUACUCCGUACGCUGCGCACUUGGCCGUAGCUCUUCAAGUGCACCCCAUAUACUUUGUACUAGCAGUGUACCACGCCGGGACCAUGUCCUUCAUGUACCCUGGCUCGUCGGUCUGCAACGAAAUAGUUUAUGCUCAAGCUAAGAUUAAAACUGCUGACAUGAACUGAAGCUAAGAAACAUAACAGCUCGUACGAGCCAAACUGGGCCAUUAGCUGGUGGGGAAAGACAUGAUUACCAGGAAAGGGUUUAUGACACAACGUAACACUGAAAUGACACCUAGGAGAUGUGGCAGACUGGAACAAAAAAUCCCCAGCUUCCAAGUAAGGUUAGUCCCAAUCCAAUGCUGGGAGGCUAUACAUCCCACAUAUAUACCACAUGCAUCACAGCUAUGCUGGUUAUGGUUUUUGGAUACUGUGCUAGAUCACUCGCACUGCUCGAAUAAGCUAAUGAAUGGUGGCUAUUAUUUAUGCAUCACAGUAAAGUUUUGCUGAUGUUACUGCAAGGAACAUGCUCUUUGUGAAUGUGCACAAUUCAAGUCUUCUACACAUAGGAGACACACUAGAAAACAAUUUUCAGUAUAGGUUGUAAACUGAAGCUAUGAGAGACCCUCCCAUUGGAGGUACAUCCCAAAAGCACCCCUGUAGUCCCCUAACUUAUUUUAUUUCUCAUCCUGUUGCUCUAAUAUUUCCUCUGUCUUGUAGCAGAAAAGCUUUGAAAUGCCAUCUGUGCCAGAGACACAAAGCCUUUGUAUGAUCCUCGUUCUUGCAUGAAAACAAAAAUUCUCAAACUGUGAAGGCAGAUGCAAUCUUGAAUUUUGGUGACUCAAUGUAAAUGUUUUACGAUAUUGGCACCCUGUUGUAGUGUUUUCAGCAGGUUAUUGAUAUCACUGCCGCUUAUGUUGUACAGCAGAAUUUGUUAAUGUUUGUAAUUGUUUACUUUUGGUGGAAAAAGCAUCCGAAAGAAAGGAAUUAAUCUGCGAUAUUGUAACCCGAAGAGUUAGGAUAUAUGUCAUGGGCCAAAGACACAUCAGGAGGCCCAUUUUCCAAUAAAAGCAAAUGUGUGCCAGCAAAGACACUAAUACCCCUGCCAUGACAUUAAGUGCUUAAUAGCUUCAGUCUUGAUGUCAUUCGUGUCAUUGAUGUUUAAUAACAGUUUGUAGACUAAAUACAGUCACUAAAUAAGCUACGCCUCCGAGCAUGCGCCAUCUUGUUUCCGCACCACACUACCCACCAGUUGACGGCCUUGAGCUCACCUUGACAUCUUGGGCACACUGUGGUGGACAGUACAUGGAACACAUGUUUCUCUACCCCACAGCGAUCCUCAAAUGGGAAACAAGAUGGCAAACCUGCUCUCCCUUGGACCUCAGUGUCUGAAGAGAAGCUUAUUUAGUGACUCUACCCUAUCGUUGUCUGCACAAUUUUAUUCUACCAUAAAACCACUUUGUUCCGUGUAAGGCAAGGUUAUUUCAUUAUUUGGGGCUACACGACUAUGCUUCGAUGAAGGACAAGCCGAAAUUUUUACCCACAAAGUAAAAAAUGACCAAGGGGCCAGUAUGGUGUUUUAUGUGAUUACAAACUGACUUGGUGGCACUAUGUCAUCUGCUCUGCCAGUGUGCCACAGUUUUGUAACAACGCAGUCUGACAAAAAAUAUUGUAUACAAAUAAGUGCAUUAAUGUCACCGGAUAAAAUGUGAAACAUUGUGUAGUCAUUGCAAUGACAGUUGUGUCUGUUGCUUGACUGGAGAUGAUGGGCUCUGGAAUCUGGGUAUUCCUUCUUUGUCUUU